CCUCUGCUCAUAUCACUGCACUGCUAUUUAUUAAAAUCGAAGCCCCACCCCCCCAGAAGAAAGUGAAAUCUGAUCUCCCCUGCGGAUCAGCAACUUUAUGGACAAACAUUCAAGUGAUCUACUUUAUACAGUGCCUGUUUAUGGCAGGAUGAUCGUCAGCAGACUAUGAUGGCGAAAAAGCAAGAUGCCCGAUUGCCUAUUUACAACCUCAUUGUGGUGGGUUUGUCAGGAACAGAGAAAGAGAAGGGGCAAUGUGGGGUUGGAAAGUCCUGUUUGUGUAAUAGGUUUGUCCGACCUAGUGCUGACGACUUCUACUUGGACCACACAUCAGUGUUGAGCACCAGUGACUUUGGGGGUCGGGUGGUUAAUAAUGAUCACUUUCUGUUUUGGGGGGAGGUAUCACGGGUUCUGGAGGAGGGGCCUGAGUGCAGGAUGCAUGUCGUGGAACAAACUGAAUUCAUUGAUGACCAGACGUUUCAGCCACACCGUAGCACUGCUAUGCAACCUUAUAUCAAACGGGCAGCCGCAACCAAGCUGGCUUCGGCAGAGAAGCUCAUGUACUUUUGUACAGAUCAGCUGGGUCUGGAGCAAGACUUUGAGCAAAAACAAAUGCCUGAGGGCAAGCUGCAGGUUGAUGGUUUCCUGCUUUGUGUUGAUGUCAGCCGGGGCAUGAACCGCAACUUUGAUGACCAGCUGAAAUUUGUCACAAACCUGUAUGGUCAGCUUAGCAAGACGAAGAAGCCCAUUGUGCUGGUCCUCACCAAGUGUGAUGAAGGGGUUGAACGCUACAUCAAAGAUGCACAUACCUUUGCGAUCACAAAAAAGAGUCUACCAGUAGUUGAGACGUCUGCACGCUCAAAUAUAAAUGUGGACCUUGCCUUCCUCACUUUGGUUCAACUUAUCGAUAAGAGCAGGGGCAAGCCCAAGAUCAUUCCUUAUUUUGAAGCCCUUAAGCUCCAGAGUCAGCAGAUAGCUUCUGCCAAGGAUCGCUAUGAAUGGCUAAUCAACCGUAUUGUAAAAAAUCAUAAUGAAACCUGGUUAAACACCAGUCGACGCAUGAACACCUCCCCAGAGUACAAAGAAUAUGUCUUCUUGGAGGGAACAGCUAAAUGCAAGAAGCUUUUUCAACAGCAUGUCUACCGUCUGAAGCAGGAACAUAUUGAGAGGCGUCGGAAAAUAUACUUAAGCACUCUUCCUUUAGCACUUAGUUCUUUGGUGCCUGACCUGGAUGAAAUAGAUCAGUUAAGCUGGUCUGGGGUACAGAAGGUCUUAGAGUCCAAGCAGCACUUUGCCCACUGGUUUGUUGUUCUGGAAGACUCACCAUGGGAGGAUACAUCUCACAUUGAUAACAUGGAAGAUGAGCGAAUCCCCUCAGACCUACUGGAAACUGCUGAAGCAGAGGACAUAUUUAAUGCCCACCUGGAACAUCUGCGUAAUGAGUGCAGACGAGCAGAGAUGAGGCUGGAGUUUAAACAGAAGUUAGCUUCAUCUCCCUUUGUCACACCUGGUAAACCUUGGGAGGAGGCACGCAGCUUUAUCAUGAAUGAAGAAUUCUACCAGUGGCUUGAGGAGCCAGAGUAUUUGGACCUGUACAACCGCCAUCAGAAGGAGAUCAUUGACCGAGCUAAAGAAGACUUUCAGGAGCUCUUACUGGAGUACUCUGAGCUUUUUUAUGAACUUGAGGUAGAUGCCAAACCAAGCAAAGAGAAGAUGGGGGCAAUUCAGGAGGUUUUGGGCGAGGAACAGAGGUUCAAGGCACUACAAAAGCUUCCAGCUGAAAGAGAUGCUCUGGUGCUGAAGCAUAUCCACUUUGUCUAUCAUCCUACCAAGGAGACCUGCCCUAGCAGUCCUCACUGCGGAGACUCCAAGAUUGAGCAACUCUUAGCUUCACGUUUCCCCACGUGUUACCCCUUCUUUGAUGUGAAAGCUCAUUUUGGAGACACCAAGGCUGACAGAAUUAACCUAGUCAUACUAGGGAAGGAUGGACUGGCCAGAGAAUUUGCUAAUGAGAUUAGGGCUCUCUGCACAAAUGAUGACUGGUACGUGUUAGAUGGGAAGAUGUAUGAAUUAACACUGCGGCCUAUUGAGGGAAAUGUGCGUCUUCCAGUGAACUCCUUCCACACCCCCACUUUCACCCCUCACGGAUGUCUGUGUCUUUACAAUUCAAAAGAGUCCCUCUCUUAUGUGGUUGAAAGCCUUGAGCGACUUAGGGAGUCAACUCUAGGUCGAAGGGAUAGCCAGCUGGCACAACUGCCAACAUCACUGCUUUUAGUCACUAAAAGAGGUGUAGGAUCAUAUGUGGAUAUAGGUGGAGAAACUGCCUUAAACCUAAUAACACAGGGACAGCAGGUUGCAAGAAGGCUGCAGUGUAGCUUUUUAGACCCUGCCUCCCCUGGUGUGGGAUAUGGCCAUAAUGUCAAUGAGAGUCAAAUCAACCAGGUGCUGAGGAGCCUUCUGGAUAUUAGGAGGAGCACAUCCUUUAGUAGCAGCUCCCCACCCCUCCUCCCUGAGCCGCAAGGUCUCCGAGACUCUCCUCAUCAGCCAGUCCCUGAGGCAGACCUUCGUGUCGUCAUGUGUUUAAUGUGUGGAGACUCCUAUGACAUUGAGCAGCUCCUAUCCCCUUUCCUAAUGCAUCAGCACUGCAGGCCCAUGUCUAAUAGUGGCACCUCUGUAUUGCUGGAGCAGACAGUGGGUGGACACAAGCUGGCUAUUGAGCUGUCCUUGCUUUCAUACCACGCCUCCUUCACUUUGCGUAAGAGCAGGUUAGUACACGGCUACAUUGCAGUGUAUUCGGUCUCUCGAAAAGCUUCCCUGGAGACUCUCUGUGCAUUCUUAUGUGAGGUUCAAGACAUCAUCCCAGUUCAGCUGUUGGCAGUGGGAGAUAGCCAGGCAGAGCUCACUGACAGCGACUAUGCCUGUGAACAGUUGAUCCAGGGGGAGGAGCUAGCCCAUGAGAUUGAGGGUCGUUUCAAUAGUGUGGUUUGUGGAUCUGGGGGCGUAGUGGGAGGCAUGCACAGGAUAGAAAUGUUCCAUUCUUUUCUGAUGGAGGUGGUAGAGAAACGUAACAUUGUGGAGGCCACACACAUGUAUGAUAAUGUUGCUGAAGCAUGCACCAAUGAAAAUGUGUACUCGCCACGCUGCAGUUCUCCCAGUCCUGUCACCAUGUUCCUGGAUUCAGAGGAUGAUGUAGAGCCAUCACCACCAUACUAUGAUGGCACGCUCACUUCUCAUAGUGGGGGCUUCAACCUGCCUGACUUAGAUUCCAGUGACAUCUCUGUCAUCUCGGAUAUCAGAGACUUUGAGAACAAACUCAACAACAAAGUACCCCCCCAAGUGAGAGUUAAACCGGGUGUCACUUUUGACUUCCGGAAGGUAAGCCGUAACCCAUAUAUUGAUACACUAGGACAUCGUCGUUCCCUACCAUCUGCUGUUACCUGGGUCCCUGGUGGCGAUGUAGGCUAUGAUCCCUCUGACUAUGCUGAACCCAUGGAUGCUGUUUCAAAACCCCGCCCUAGCAAUGAAGAGAUCAUCUAUUCAGUGCCACAUGACAGCACACAAGGCAAAAUCAUCACCAUCCGUAACUCUAACAGGAUGCACUCGAAUGGAAAUGGCUCAGACAGUGAGGCAGACAGCAGCUCUCUCGAGCGAAGGAGGAAGUUCUCAGCAGUGGGGGUGAAGCCUCGUCUUUACCGUGACCGUUCCAAGCGACUUGGCAAGUUCAGCAGCUUCCGCACAAGCUUCAUAGGCAGCGAUGAUGAGAUGGGAGCUCUUCCCAAGUCCAAGGAGGAUGACUUUGGGACCCUGAAAGGAGAAAGUCUUGUUAAUGAGGAGAGUGAGGAUCCAAAAAAGAGGAACAUUCUGAAGAGCCUGCGACGAACAGCCAAGAAAACAAGACCAAAGCCCCGUCCUGCUAUUCCCAAGCCCCCGGAGAGCAGUUAUUUUGGGGUCCCACUUGUAAAUGUGGUAUCUCCAGAUAGACCUAUCCCACUCUUCAUCGAGAAGUGUGUCCGCUUCAUUGAGACAACAGGUCUGAAUACAGAGGGUUUGUAUCGCGUAAGUGGCAACAAGUCAGAGAUGGAAAGCAUGCAGAGGCAGUUUGAACAGGACCAUGGAUUAGACCUUGUGGAGAAAGACUUCUCCAUAAACACUGUGGCUGGAGCCCUCAAGAGCUUCUUCUCUGAGCUGCCUGAGCCCCUGGUGCCUUGUGCUCUGCAGGUGGACCUAUUGGACGCUUUCAAAAUCAAUGACAGAGAACAGAGGCUAUACACUAUGAAGGAUGUCCUGAGGAAGUUCCCCAGAGAGAAUUAUGAUGUCUUCAAAUAUGUAGUGAGCCACUUACACAAGGUGAGCCAGCUGAGCAGGGUGAACUUGAUGACCAGUGAAAACUUGUCCAUCUGCUUUUGGCCCACUCUCAUGAGGCCAGACUUCUCCACUAUGGAUGCCCUGACUGCCACACGCACCUACCAGACAAUCAUCGAGACCUUCAUCCACCAGUGUGCAUUCUUCUUUUACAACCAGCCCCUCCUCGACUCCCCCACCGGCCUAGCAGGCCUCCCUGCCUCACCCACCACCACCCUCAGUGGGAGCUCUGCCUACUCUUGUUACCGCUCCUCUCCUCCCCACACCACCACACACUUCAGCCCCCUGCAGCAGUCCCCACCCACCACCCCCCAGUCUCCCCUGCAGUCACUGCUCCCUCCCCUCCACCAGCACCCCCACUCCCACCAUUCCCCUGCCGAACAAGAGACACUGUGAGAGACAAUGAAACCACGUGUGCCCAUGAUGAUGCUGGAACUUAUCACCAACACGCACUAAAAGAAAAAAAAAAGAAAAAAAAAAAACGUGCACUUGCACACUACAUUUCUGAUCAUGGACAACCUAGGUUAUGAAGAGUGGCGAUAGGAAAUGUCUGAGAAACUUCUCCAACCUGCCAUUUGUAUCCGUACUUGUGUGCAUCAGGACAGGCUACCGUUAGCAGUGACUCUCCCUCUGCCCUCUGAGUCCCUGAUCGCCUGGAAUUUGACAUCAGGGCAGAAGUGGAGGACGGAGGUCGCUGUCACAGCAAGCCUCUCUUCUGUCAACAGCCACCACUUAUUCUACACUACCAAGAAAUAGGAACCUCUAUGCCAAGCUGGAAGAAAUGAUUUGUGACCACCAUGUUUUUAUCUGUGUAAAACUGUUUUAGUUUUUUUUUUUUUCUCAUGAAAGUACUGCCACUGGAUUUAUAGACUGUUCCUCUUUAGGUCCUUUGGGCAGCAGUGUGCUCCAUAUGGCAGAGGUUCCUCUGUCUGCCUUUGGGGUUUCUCUCAUCAGCUCUAC